AAGUAUUUCCACAAGGUACGACACUACAACGCAACGCCCCAUACAUAGGGAAAACUGACAACAGUGUUGCUGUUGAACUGAUCUGUGGUUUAUGUCGUGCGAUUGACACUGUCCGAGCUGUCAUUGAAUUGUGUUUGAUGUGAAUUCAAGUUUUUAGAAAUGAUGGCCGAAACUGAUACGACGGCGGAAGCAACCCGUAGAUUAAAUGUUAAGAAACAAACGUUAGAUGAUGCAUACGCGGUACCCGCAAAUUUUCUAGAAAUUGAUGUUGUAAAUCCCGUAACGACGAUAGGAAUUGGAAAAAAACGAUUUACGGAUUAUGAAGUGCGAAUGCGUACUAACUUACCCGUUUUCAAAGUAAAGGAAUCGAGUGUACGUCGACGGUACAGUGAUUUCGAAUGGUUGAGGAAUGAAUUAGAACGAGACAGUAAAAUUGUAGUUCCGCCAUUACCAGGAAAAGCAUGGAAACGACAGUUGCCGUUUCGGGGAGAUGAUGGAAUAUUUGAAGAAGAAUUUAUAGAGGAUAGGAGAAAAGGCCUAGAGAUAUUUAUUAAUAAAAUUGCCGGGCACCCACUGGCCCAAAAUGAACGUUGUCUACAUAUGUUUUUACAAGAGCAAGCCAUUGACAAAAAUUAUGUUCCUGGGAAAAUCCGUAAUACGUAAAAAUUACUAUUGAUCUGCUUAUUAUUAUUAUGUGUGUGAUU